AUGGAUCAGCAUAAAGAACGGCCAAGCGCGCUUGGACAUUUCCUAUCUCGAAUCGGCUCGAUCAGAAGUCGCAAUAGAAGUCCUCGAGAAUCAGCUGCAUCGAAGCAGGAAUCAGCUACUUCACCUGGCACUCAGCUAGGACAUUCGGUGGGAAAUGGGACCAAAAGUGCGGAAGGGACAUUACGUGUGGAAAACGGUGUGCAUUUGUCGCCACCUUCGAAAACAAAACGAAAUUCCUUGCCGUUUGUUCGUCUCAUUCAUCGGCUUUCGAUGAGUCGUAAAAGUCGCGAAACGCGUCCUAGUUCUUUGGACACGCAUAAUGCCUCUGACCUCGUUCCGAACAGCAAACUCAACAGCAGCUUCGAAACGGUAGUUGGCAUGGUCACGCGUGGCUUGGUGUUGGGGGAAAGAGUGGAAGAUGUUGUGAGGAACAGUCCCUGA